AUGCAGAGCACAUCUGAGAACUUUAUCGACUGCGCCCACCUCAGCAGACCUGACGACGGGAACUUUCCUGAUCGAAAGCGACUGAUCGUUUGCUGCGAUGGGACGUGGAACAACUCAAACACCAGCGGGGCCACUGUGCCUUCCAACGUGAGCCGUCUUUCCGCAGCCGUUGCACACAAAUGUUGCACUGGCAUGGCCCAAGUCGUGUUCUACCACCGCGGUGCCGGAACUGAAGAGUCAAAGACUGCUAAGUUCUUGGGCGGCCUGUUAGGCCUCGGUGUCAGACAGGACAUUGUGGACUGCUACCGCUUUAUUUGCGACAACUACAAUCCUGGCGACGAGAUUAUUAUCCUAGGCUUCUCCCGUGGCGCAUUCACUGCUCGCUCAAUCGCCUCCAUGGUAUGCUCUCUAGGCUUUCUCAACCGUACCGGCCUCAAACAUGUCGGCGACAUAUACGAAGACUACCAGUCUUUCCAAGAUUGGACCAGCGAGUGGAUAUAUGACCCUAAGAAGCACUUGCGAGCCUUCACUAUUGAACAGUUGGAGAAGAAGAUCAAAAAGGAGUUCAUGGACAAGAUGGAAAAGAUUGAAAAGCGACUAGAAAGUCAAGUUGAUGAAUCCGAAGAGCUAAAGAGGCAAACCGGAGAAGAGUUUGCAAAGUUAUAUGCCAGCUAUGGGAAACGACUCACUCAAGAUGCACUAGAGCAGCAGCUCGAAGCCGAUAAAUGGGAUUUGUUCAAGCGGAUGACGCGAAUGAAGAAAGAAAACGGAACAAUGCAGUUCAGGAGGAUGGCAAAGGCUUAUCGUGGCCAACUUUCCGAGGCACGUUUACGAUUUUAUGGCAUGUGCCUCACCAGAUUGAGCAGCAUGCAAGCCCAGACCACUUUCGAAGCUGUAGAGGGUAGUGUCAAGGCAGUCGGAGUAUGGGAUACUGUUGGAAGUCUCGGUGUUCCCAGGAUGCCAUGGUGCUUCUGGCGGGGAAACCGUAGUCCGUCCGAGCUCCGCUUCACAAGUCUCGACAUCCAUCCCAACGUCGACCAUGCAUUUCACGCACUCGCCCUUGAUGAAUGGCGAACACCCUUUGAACCGACUCUCUGGAACAUAGGCUCGAAAAAUACCAACACGCAACUGAGACAAGUCUGGUUCCCAGGCUCUCAUACCAAUGUUGGCGGAGGCUCAGAAUCACAGCAGAUCUCCAAGAUCGCACUCGCAUGGAUGGCAGAUCAAUUGACCUCUAUCGGUGUAGAGUUCAGUAAAAAGGAGAUGAAGCGCAUAUUCCGCAGCCUACCUUCCCAAGUUGACGUCCGUCCAUGGGGAUUGGGCAAAAUCAAUAACCCAGAGAAUUUAGCCACCACUCUCCCUGACACAGCCUGGAACCUUCUGAGCUUUCCAUACCGAGUUGUAACCAAAGAAUGGACGGAAAGAUGUGUCCGAAAGCCUGGACUUUAUAUUAGCGACGACCGCAAAAAGUACCUCAAAAACACGAAAGAGUUCGUUCACCCUUCUGUGAGAGUCAGAUACCUGUAUCACGGCCUUGGGCUCGACGACACUGGCGAAUGGCAAUGCAAGGCCCUCUCCGGCCGUGGUUGGCAGCUCAUGUUCGAAAAGAGCCCACCAAAGGCCGAAGUCAUUCGCCCUAGUCGGGACCCAAAGAUUGUUGACCAGUACAAAACUACAGCGGGCUCUGUCACCGCCGUUUAUGCACAGUAUCCUAGAGAAUAUCAGCCCGAGGAGAUGCUCGUAAAAGUGGAGCAGCCGCUUGAAUCCGACCUCAGAAAGCUUGAAGCGCCGAAAAACACCUGGACCUGGAGACUGCACCAUAAUGACCGCCAGUUAGUACUCCCGGAGGAACACAUUGGCAUGUGGGAACGCAUGUAUAUUGACAUUAAUGAUGACAUGGUCCGGUGGCAACAAAUGACAAUGGAAGAGAAGAAAAAGCGAUGGACCAAGGGCGAUCAUAUCAGGGAGUUGGCGACAGAAAGUGUGGCGUAUGCGUUGAAGAGGGUAGACCAUAUCGUGAAGACGGCUUUUGGUACACUUUUGGGCAUGCCUUUGGAGAAAUACCUUCCCAAAGGAUAUCCCAGUGAGCAUGGGUAUCAUGACUUUGUAUCAUGGCAACGGGGUUUAGAUCCACAAGACUCGUGUGUCGCCAGGAGAGCCUCUAUCGAACUUGAUGAAGGUUAUAUCCAUGAGUAA